CCCAGCUCUGGAGCCCCCGCCCAGCUGACCCGGCCGCUCUCCCCUCGCUCGCGGCUGCCCGGGCGUGCAGGGCCCUGCCGCCGCCAUGUCGGGCCCGUUCGAGCUCUCCGUGCAGGAUCUCAACGACCUGCUCUCGGAUGGCAGCGGCUGCUACAGCCUCCCGAGCCAGCCCUGCAACGAGGUCACCCCCAGGAUCUACGUGGGCAACGCGUCUGUGGCUCAAGACAUCCCCAAGCUGCAGAAGCUGGGCAUCACCCAUGUCCUAAACGCAGCUGAGGGCAGGUCCUUCAUGCAUGUCAACACCAAUGCCAACUUCUACAAGGACUCCGGCAUCACCUACCUGGGCAUCAAGGCCAAUGACACACAGGAGUUCAACCUCAGCGCCUACUUUGAAAAGGCGGCAGACUUCAUCGACCAGGCUCUGGCUCAGAAGAACGGCCGAGUGCUUGUCCACUGCCGUGAGGGUUACAGCCGCUCCCCGACCCUCGUCAUCGCGUACCUCAUGAUGCGUCAGAAGAUGGAUGUCAAGUCCGCCCUGAGCAUCGUCAGGCAGAACCGUGAGAUCGGCCCCAACGACGGUUUCCUGGCCCAGCUCUGCCAGCUCAAUGACAGACUCGUCAAGGAGGGAAAAUUGAAACUCUAGGGCGCCCCCACUGCCUCUUCUCUAGAGGUCAGGCGGGGGAGGGGGUCCCUGGUUGUGACGUCACAGGCUGCCAUGUUUAGGAAACACAGUGUACCCUGCUCCCAGCAUCACCAGGCACUUGCCCACACGUCUGUCCCAACACGGCCCUGGGCCGCUUUCCCCCUGGGGAGCACAUAAAGAAGCUUGCUGAGGAGGGCGUCCUGCUCCCUGGCGUGUCCUGCGCCUGCAGUUUAUGACGUCCUCGCCCUGAGGUGGGGGCCCAGAGGGCGAAGGCCUGUGACAGGCGUGCUUCUCCUGGACGACCCAGGGCAAGAGGUCUGUGGAAGUGUGAGGCCUGAGAUGCUCACGGGGGCCCCUCCCGACCUCCCCCGCCCCCAACUCCAAGCCCCCACCUCUGGGCCCUUUCCUGAGGGGGCUCUGUAAAGGAACUAUGCAAAUGUGGGCCCCUCUCCCCCACUGUGUCUGUCUCCCCCUUAUCCUCACAGCCGUCCGCGCCCUGCUCACAGAGACACGUCAUGAGGUCUGCAGCUGGCUGGGGUCAGUUGUCCGUGGGUGGAAACGCUCAUCAAGUAACUGCAUUUUGACGAUUUCCUUAGGAUUAAAGAUACCGAAACAACGAGGCCCUUGUGUGGGCAAGCACAUCCCCCUCCUUGAAGGACUCUCCUAGAUCAAUAGUUUGAAAAAUGUGACUCCUUAGAAGGCUUGAGUUCAGAAUCCGCCUUUUAGGGAUACUUGGCUCUCAGUCCCUUGGUCCGUUAGAAGAGUAGUUCCUUAGGCAGAGUUUUAUUUUUCUUUUUUAGAAAACAGGGUGUUGAAGUCCAGCCUAUUUAAAAACCCCACCAUUUGGAGAAUUACAAGGGUUUUGUCCUAAAUUAUAGUGUUGGCGAGCCCAAGCCACUCGUGCUCACUGCUUUUUGUCUCAGUUGCUAUUCCAAGAACAGGAGGAGGAAAUUGGCCAAUUAUAGCACAUGUGUUGUGUGUGUGUGUGUGAGAGCAGCAUAGCCAGUGGCUGGACAAACGGGGGGUUAAAUGGGCCCAGGCUCACACCCUGCCCACUGACAGGUAGGUCUUCCAGCUCUCUGCUGCCAGAAAAGGUCCUGGAGUCUUGGGAGCAAAAACGACUCAGCCAGGCAGAGAGGAAACAUGACGGAACAUCCACAUGGCACCUUUAUUGAUGGUAGAGCAAAGAAACAAAAAGAAACGGCCUUUGCAAGGACUUUUUAGGAUGAUGUUGGAAGCCGUGAACACUCAUACUGACACGUCUGUACACAUUUGUCAGAAUAGAGUUUUGUUUUGAACACAGUCUUGUUAGCACUUGGCAUGAUUGUCAUCAGGGCAAGCGAUGCGGUGCCGUUGUCUUCAGGUUCCCUAACGGCAGAGAGGUGGUCCUCAGCUCUGCCCCCUGGAGCUUAGCACAUAGAUGUCUGAUAAAAGUUUGUGGAAUUAAACUUUUUUUUUUCUUGAGCACCAAAUAUACGCAGGGCGUUGUUCUGGUGGGUCUGUCAAGCUCCCAGAAGCCUGACUUGGUGGUAGGAUCCCUUGCAAGGAUUUGCAAAGGAGUCUUACCUGAAAUGAAAUAUCAGGGACUUUUGUUGAAUAUUUAAAAUUCAGUUUUAAGUUUCAAUUCAGGCAGUGGUUCUGACCAUGUGGAGGUGGGAAAUGUGCCUUUUCGAGAAUUGACCAGAAGCUUCCAGCUAGGUGGAGGAGAGGCAGGUGUGCCUUGGGGCUUAACACCCAGGGGUAAUGAUCUCUAUCUUGACAGAAGCAGCACCGCCCAGCCUGGAUGUCCCCUUUACUCUGUGACCGCAGCAGCCCCAAACAGACUAGAAUCUGUCUUCUUUUUCAGAUACCAGGCUGCCCCCAUAGACCCACCCAAGUGAAACAGCCUUCUUCCCCACUGUGACCCUCACAGAGGCCAAAUAACUCUUCCACUUCAUCUAACUUGAUCCUCACAAUAACCUUAUUAACUUGGCGUCGGGCUCAUUCAUGUAUUGGUACCUUUAAGAAAAGGGACUGGGGUUCAGAGUGAUUAGGGGUGGGGUGCUCAGGGCUGCCCAGCUCAAAGGCAGAGCUGAGGUGAAACCAGGCUGACUGCUCUCUGAAGCGGAAUUCUUCCUCUCCUACUACACUCCUCCUCAAGAAAUGAGCCCUCGGGAAGGUCUUGGUGCGCUGUGCAUGCUAUUGACCCAGCCCCCGUGCAGGAGGGCCAGUUAGCUUUGUAGCCAGAGGACAAAAGUGCAAGCCAUGGUGCUGGGGGAGGGGAGGGGGGCCUGCUGCAGGAAAAGUAAGAAAUGUGGGUCCCCAAUUGGGUUAGAAUGUGUGGCUCUUCUUCUUGGAAACACAUAGCAUCCCUAAGUCAGAGCUUUCUGCUCCACUUCCGGAAGAGGCUCAGGAGCUGGGGCUGGGGUCCCUCUCCCACACCCAGGCAGUGGUCCUCACACGGGACAGCCUCAGCUACUUAGGUCUGCUGACAGGACCUCUUGAAGGCCUCUUUGUGGGGACAUGCUGGUGAAAAGGCCAUGGGGAGAAUUACUGCUGUCACUUUGGGGCUACUUUUCUGCUGAUAACUUGGGAUUUCUUCAUAGUCUUUAGUCCCAGAAACCCUAUAUUUCCUUCACGAGAUGUGGCUCCUACUUCUUUGAGUAAAAACAAAAUCAACUUCUGUCGUGUAAGAGCCAACACAUGCCCAUCUGGACAGCUUCCCCCUCUGCCACGGGGAAGUGAUGGAACAGGAACUCAGGGUGCCUCUAUCCCCUCCUCUGACCUGGUCUCUUUCUUUGACUGGGAGACCCCCAUCUAGACCAGAUGAGAGCACCAAAUGGUUUUCUUCUCAGUUCUGAAGCAGUGCAUAUUCCACAGGCUGGUCUGUUUCCUUGCCACUCCAAGUUAGCCGAAGAGCAGAAGUCACCAUUUUUCAAGCAAGGGGACUAAACUUGAAGACCUCUAAGGUCCCUUUUGUCUCUGACACCGUAGGGUUGUUACAAGAAUCCCCAUGUACUUGGACCGCCACCUGGAAAUUAUAGGGUGUGUAACAACGUGAUGACCAGCAGGUGGCGCUAUGUUCCACCCAUGGAGAUGGAUGCUUGGGAAAAAGUUGGUGCCUUUGUGUCACAAUGUUAAGAUGCUAAUGUUUUAAUCGAAAUAAGCACUGAUCUUAAAAUAUGAAGAUGUUAGCUUUUCUCACAGGAAAUUUUCUGUCAUAAAACCGGCAUCAAGAAUCACUGAAGAGCUGACAACGAUGGUCCUUCCAAGUCAAGAUUUUAUCCUGAUUGGAACAGAGAGGCCAUCUCCGGUUGAGAGAACAGAUUGGUUGGAAGCUUAACUUACCUGCUGUCAGCUUUUAGGGUAAUUUGAUUGUGAAAGCAUCAAUUUUCUGGACAGAAAAGGGAAAGGUAUUAAACUGGUUUGAAAAAAAAUAAGUUUAAUGUCUGUCAUAUCACAAAUCAGUGUUAAAACACUAAAACUGUAACCAAAAUAAAUGUCUUAUAUUAUGAAGAAA